AUGAAUCAAAUAUCAUUUGUUCUUCAGUCAAACAUGAAAGAGUCACUCAAAAUGAUUAAAUUAUUUAAAGAAGAAGGUAAAACCAUAACAGCAUGGGACGUACUAUUAAAUCAAUUGUCUUCAUUAACCGUUAAGGGUGUUUGCUUUAAAUCUGAUUCUCCAGAUGUUUUCUCAACGUUUCAGGGUUAUAAAUACAACAUUCUUGAAAAGCCUGAUUACUCAAAAAUUGAGAGGUUUAUGAAUUUCAUUAAAGAAGCCAUUUGUGAUAAUAACGAUGAAGUGUAUAAAUACCUUCUCGGCUGGAUUGCAUCAAUGAUUCAACAUCCUGGAAUCAAGAAUGAAACAGCAAUUAUUUUGAAAGGACUUCAGGGAACAGGUAAAAACAGAUUUACAGAUAUUAUUUCUGAACUUCUCGCUGGUUAUUCAUGUAAAAACAUUACUGAAAUAAGUGAGCUAACGGGUAAUUUCAACUCAGUAGUUGAAAAUAAAAUGUUUCUUGUACUUAAUGAACUCAAGAAUGUAGGUGAAGACAGACUCGCAAACUUCAACGCUUUGAAAUCAAUUAUUACGGAUAAUGAGAUUAGAAUUAAUGAAAAGAAUCAACCCAGAAGAACAGCACAGAACGUUGCAAACUUCAUUUUCGUAACUAACAACGUCUACCCUGUCAAAAUUGAAGUUGGAGACAGAAGAUACAUAGUUUUAAGGGUUAAUGGUAAAUUCAAGGGUCAAUUUGAUUACUUCAAGAAUUUAAUGGAUUCAUGCACUAAGGAAUUUUAUGAUAAUUUACUGACGUAUUUUAUGCAAUAUGACCUUUCGUCAUUUAAUGUACGAAUCAUACCGAUGACUGAAGCCAAACAAGAUUUAAUAGAAUUAUCAACAAAUCCUUUAGAUGAAUGGAUAAAUACACAUUAUGAUGAAUUAUGUGCAGGUAUGACGUGUAAAAAUGCUCUAUUCUGCAAACCAUCAGACAUGAAAGACAAAAACUUUCAAAUGAGCAUUAAGGAUAAAUGUGAAAGGAAACAAAGAAAAAUAGAUGGUAAACAAACAUGGUAUUAUGUUUUGAAAGAAGAAAUGAAAGGAUUAUAUAAACAAAUUGAACCAAACGAUAAUGAGGAAUCAUUUACUGACGAUGAAAUACCUGUGAAUGAAGCUUUAUAA